AUGAAGCAUAAUUUUUCGGACCGAGCAGGAAACAUCAACCUAUGUGGUAAGCCUCUCAGCCUCUGCAAAUCCUCCAAGAAGCAGUCAGUGCCAAAAUUUGCCAUAAUUGCAGUUGUUGUGGGAGUAGUUGCAUUAGCUGCCAUUAUUGUAUCUUCCUUCAUCCUCAGACGCAACCGCCAAGCACCAAAAAACAAAUUCGGAUAUUCUUUGGGGGCAAAAGUACACAAGAAAGAUGCGGCUUAUAAGACUGCAGGUAAAAAGGAGGUUGAGCAUACUGACAACUAUAAAAGAAGUGAGCAUGGGAAGUUAUACUUUGUAAGGAAUGAUAGGGAGAGAUUUGAGUUGGAAGACCUGCUCAGAGCCUCUGCUCAAGUUUUGGGUAGUGGGAACUUCGGGUCUUCUUACAAGGCAGUGCUUUUAAGUGGACCAGCUAUGGUUGUGAAGAGGUUUAGGAAAAUGAGCGACGUGGGAAGAGAAGAAUUCCAGGAGCACAUGAGAAGGCUAGGAAGGUUGUCACACCCUAACUUGCUGCCACUUGUGGCUUUUUACUACAGAAAAGAGGAAAAGCUUUUGGUCACUGACUUUGUUGAGAAUGGUAGCUUGGCUAGUCAUCUCCACAGCAAACGCAGUCCUAACCAGCCCGGACUUGAUUGGCCAACUCGCUUAAAAAUCAUCAAAGGAGUAGCCAAAGGCUUGGUUUACCUAUACAAGGGAUUCCCUAGCCUAACUUUACCACAUGGCAACUUGAAGUCUUCAAAUGUGCUUCUAGAUGACACAUUCGAACCCCUCCUAGCAGACUAUGGACUAGUUCCAGUGAUCAACAAAGAACAUGCUCAAGAGGUUAUGGUGGCCUAUAAGUCCCCGGAUUUCACUCAACACGACCAAACGUCGAGGAAAACCGAUGUGUGGAGCCUCGGUAUUUUAAUACUCGAGAUGCUAACUGGAAAGUUCCCGGCUAAUUAUUUGAAACAAGGCAAGGGUGCGAAUGCCGAUUUGGCUGCUUGGGUGAACUCGGUUGUGAGAGAAGAGUGGACUGGGGAGGUGUUUGAUAAAGACAUGAAGGGGACAAACAAUGGGCAAGGUGAAAUGCUUAAGCUCUUGAAGAUAGGGAUGUGUUGUUGCGAAUGGAGUGUGGAGAGAAGGUGGGAUUUGAGGGAGGCUGUGGAGAAAAUUAAAGAAUUGAAAGAAAUGGACAGUGAUGAAGACUAUUCUUAUGCAAGCGAAGGAGACAUUUACUCUUCUAGAGCAAUGACUGAGGAUGACUUCUCUUUCUCUGUGGUUAGUUGA